CAAAACCCUCGCUCUGCCCUAAUCCUCGAAGCUCAAGGCUGCGCGAGCCGGCGCUGAGGUGGGAAAUAUGGUGUCGGAAUGGGAGAGAGAGCAGGAGCAGCCGCAGCUAACGAUGGAGCAGCUAGUCGCGCUCAAUCCUUACAAUCCAGACAUUCUUCCCGAUCUGGAAGCCUAUGUGCAAGAACAGGUUGCUACUGAGACUUACAGCUUUGAUUCCAAUCUGUGCCUUCUACGGCUUUACCAGUUUGAGCCACGAAAUCUUAAUGUCAACAUUGUGACUAAAAUCCUUGUGAAGGCUUUGAUGGCAAUGCCAGCUCCGGAUUUUGGCCUCUGUAUGUGCCUUGUGCCAGAACGACUUCAUAUGCUACACCCGUUCUUUACUCUGGCAACUCUGUCUCACUACUUGGAGACUGCUAGGUUCCGCGAGUUUUGGGACGAGGCUGCUCGUAAUCGUGACAUUUUAGAAGUCAUUCCAGGAUUUGAGAGCGCAAUCCAGUCGUACGGGGUGCACGUCUUGUCCCUGACGUACCAAAAGGUCCCCAGGGCCGUCCUUGCAGAGGCUCUGAAUUUGGAGGGCUUAUCGUUGGAUAAGUAUCUUGAAUUUCAUGCAGCCAACAGCGGUUGGAAGCUUCACAAGGGCCAUGGCGGAAGCCAGGUUGUCACGCUACCAUCUAAUGAAUACAACGAUCCAUCGCAGAGGAAAAACGCUGGAGAUAACAUUUCCUUGGACGUGGUAUCAAAGCUGUUUCCAGUGCUUGCAUGAUCAUGUACUGGUUGAUAUGGUCUGCAAAGUGUCAUAUUUUUUCCUUUUUCAAAUUUGAUUUGCUUACACAACAUGAUGUGACAAGCAAGUUGCUACUUGUUUAG